AUUUCAGAAAUAUAUGUCUGAUCUGGUUUACUGAAUAAAUAUUAAACACAGUGGACUAUCAGACUGUCAUAAUGACAUUCGUUGUUUUUAAAAGUGUUGCGUGGUCACUGUUGACUAUCCUCUCUUUCAUCCAGUGUUUCAUAGCCAUCGCUACUGCUGAAUCAAGAGCAGCAGUUAGUCCAGUUUCAGACUGUGAGCUUGAUAAUGAAACAUACAUCUGCACUGGUGCUCAGUACCACAUGUACUGCAACACAACAAUGCAUCAUUUCUACUACCAGAAAUACCAAGACCAAUACCAAUACCACUGCAUAAGUAAUGACUGUAUCUGUAUUGCUAAUAAGGACACCUGUACAUGCUACUCUAAUACUUCAUCCUGCUUCUGUGAGAUCUUUAGCAAUAGCACCACUGUCCUUACAGCGGUUAGGCCAGUUUUUGAAUGCGAACUUAAUAAUGACGUGUACAUUUGCACUGGUGCUCAACACCGCAUGUACUGCAACACAGCAGUCCAUUAUUUUAGCUACUCCAAAUAUCAGUACCAAAACCAAGACCAGUAUGAUUGCUGGACUAAUGGCUGUGGCUGCCGUUUUAAUACUGACUCCUGUUGGUGCUACAGUUAUGCUUCAUCCUGCUCCUGUACAAAUUAUGGCUAUAGAAUCUCUUCAUCACGUAAUCCAGUGCCUGGCUGUGAGCUUUAUAAUGACAUGUACAUCUGCACUGGUGCUCAGUACCGCAUGUACUGCAACACAAGAAUGCAUAGUUUCACCUACCGGAGAAAUCAAAACCGAAAUGAAUACUACUGCUGGAAUAACUGUAACUGUGCUGGUAACAAGGACACCUGUACAUGUUCUAGUAGCAGUUUGUCCUCCUGCUUCUGUGAGAAUUACAGCAUUGCUCUCACUACUGCAGUUAGUCCAGUCACAGACCCUGGCUGUGUUAUUUAUAAAGGUAUGUACAUCUGCACUGGUGCUCAGUACCGCAUGUACUGCAACACACAGAUGCAUGAUUUCAACUACCAGAGAUAUCAGUACAAAUAUCAAUACCAGUGUGUGAGUAAUAACUGUAACUGUAUUGGUAACAAGGACAUCUGUACAUGCUAUAGUAAGACUUUGUCCUCCUGUUUCUGUGAGACUUACAGCAAUAUAAUUGCUCUCACUACAGCAGUUACUCCAGUCUAUGACUGUGUGCUUUAUAACGACACCUCAUACAUUUGCACUGGUGCUCAGUACCGCAUGUACUGCAACACAAGUGUAAAUGAUUUCUAUUACAAUAGAAAUGAGCACCGCUGUGCAAGCAAUACCUGUGACUGUCGUGGUAAUAAGGACACCUGUACAUGCUCUAGCAGUACUUCAUCCUCUUGCUUCUGUACAAAUUAUGGCAAUAGCAUCCCUGCAGCAGUAAGUCCAGUCUAUGCCUGUGGGCUUUAUAACGACACAUACAUCUGCACUGGUGCUCAGUACCGCAUGUACUGCAAUACAGCAAUGCAUAGUUUCAACUACCAAAGAUACAGAAACCAAAACCAGGACCAAUACCAAUGCUUAAAUAACAACUGUGACUGCCGAGGAAAUAAGGACACCUGUACAUGCUCCAGUAGCACUUUGUCCUCCUGCUUUUGUGAGACUUACGGCAAUAGCAUUGCUCUCACUAGAGAAGUUAGUCCAGCUUAUGGCUGUGUGCUUUAUAAUGACACAUACAUCUGCACUGGUGCUCAGUACCGCAUGUACUGCAAUACAAGAAUGCAUGAUUUCUACUAUCGGAGAUAUCAAAACCAAAUUCAAUAUGAAACCCAAUGCAGGAAUAAUGACUGCAACUGUGUAGGUAAUAAGGACACCUGUACAUGCUACAGUAGCACUUUAUCUUCCUGCUUUUGUGAGACAUACGGCAAUAACAUCACUGUCCCUACAGCAGUAAGUCCACUGAGAGUCCCUCAGUGUGAGCUUUAUAACGACACAUUCAUCUGCACUGGUGCUCAGUACCGCAUGUACUGCAACACGAGAAUGCAUGAUUUCUACUAUCGGAGAUAUCAAAACCAAAUCCAAUAUGAAACCCACUGCUGGAAUAAUAAUUGUAACUGCGUUGGUAAUAAGGACACCUGUACAUGCUACAGUAGCACUUUGUCCUCCUGCUUCUGUGAGACUUACGGCAAUAUCAUUGCUCUCUUCACAGCAGUUACUCCAGUCUAUGACUGUGUGCUUUAUAACGACACCUCAUACAUCUGCACUGGUGCUCAGUACCGCAUGUACUGUGACACAAGUGUAAAUGAUUUCUAUUACAAUAGACAUGAGCACCGCUGUGCAAGCAAUACCUGUGACUGUCGUGGUAAUAAGGACACCUGUACAUGCUCUAGCAGUACUUCAUCCUCUUGCUUCUGUACAAAUUAUGGCAAUAGCAUCCCUGCAGCAGUAAGUCCAGUCUAUGCCUGUGGGCUUUAUAACGACACAUACAUCUGCACUGGUGCUCAGUACCGCAUGUACUGCAAUACAGCAAUGCAUAGUUUCAACUACCAAAGAUACAGAAACCAAAACCAGGACCAAUACCAAUGCUUAAAUAACAACUGUGACUGCCGAGGAAAUAAGGACACCUGUACAUGCUCCAGUAGCACUUUGUCCUCCUGCUUUUGUGAGACUUACGGCAAUAGCAUUGCUCUCACUAGAGAAGUUAGUCCAGCUUAUGGCUGUGUGCUUUAUAAUGACACAUACAUCUGCACUGGUGCUCAGUACCGCAUGUACUGCAAUACAAGAAUGCAUGAUUUCUACUAUCGGAGAUAUCAAAACCAAAUUCAAUAUGAAACCCAAUGCAGGAAUAAUGACUGCAACUGUGUAGGUAAUAAGGACACCUGUACAUGCUACAGUAGCACUUUAUCUUCCUGCUUUUGUGAGACAUACAACAAUAACAUCACUGUCCCUACAGCAGUAAGUCCACUGAGAGUCCCUCAGUGUGAGCUUUAUAACGACACAUUCAUCUGCACUGGUGCUCAGUAUCGCAUGUACUGCAAUACAAGUCUACAUGAUUUCUUCUAUCGGAGAUAUCAGUAUCAAAACCAAGACCAAUACCAGUGCAUGAAUAAUAACUGUAACUGCGUUGGUAAUAAGGACACCUGUACAUGUUCCAGUAGCACUUUGUCCUCCUGCUUCUGUGAGACUUACGGCAAUAGCAUUGCUCUCACUAGAGAAGUUAGUCCAGCUUAUGGCUGUGUUCUUUAUAAUGACACAUUCAUCUGCACUGGUGCUCAGUACCGCAUGUUCUGCAACAAAACAAUGCAUAAUUUCUACUAUCGGAGAUAUCAGAAUCAAAUCCAAUAUGAAACCCAAUGCUGGAAUAAUAACUGCAACUGUGUAGGUAAUAAGGACACCUGUACAUGCUCUAGAAGCACUUUAUCUUCCUGCUUUUGUGAGACAUACGGCAAUAACAUCACUGUCCCUACAGCAGUAAGUCCACUGAGAGUCCCUCAGUGUGAGCUUUAUAACGACACAUUCAUCUGCACUGGUGCUCAGUACCGCAUGUACUGCAACACGAGAAUGCAUGAUUUCUACUAUCGGAGAUAUCAAAACCAAAUCCAAUAUGAAACCCACUGCUGGAAUAAUAAUUGUAACUGCGUUGGUAAUAAGGACACCUGUACAUGCUACAGUAGCACUUUGUCCUCCUGCUUCUGUGAGACUUACGGCAAUAUCAUUGCUCUCUUCACAGCAGUUACUCCAGUCUAUGACUGUGUGCUUUAUAACGACACCUCAUACAUCUGCACUGGUGCUCAGUACCGCAUGUACUGUGACACAAGUGUAAAUGAUUUCUAUUACAAUAGACAUGAGCACCGCUGUGCAAGCAAUACCUGUGACUGUCGUGGUAAUAAGGACACCUGUACAUGCUCUAGCAGUACUUCAUCCUCCUGCUUCUGUACAAAUUAUGGCAAUAGCAUCCCUGCAGCAGUAAGUCCAGUCUAUGCCUGUGGGCUUUAUAACGACACAUACAUCUGCACUGGUGCUCAGUACCGCAUGUACUGCAAUACAGCAAUGCAUAGUUUCAACUACCAAAGAUACAGAAACCAAAACCAGGACCAAUACCAAUGCUUAAAUAACAACUGUGACUGCCGAGGAAAUAAGGACACCUGUACAUGCUCCAGUAGCACUUUGUCCUCCUGCUUUUGUGAGACUUACGGCAAUAGCAUUGCUCUCACUAGAGAAGUUAGUCCAGCUUAUGGCUGUGUGCUUUAUAAUGACACAUACAUCUGCACUGGUGCUCAGUACCGCAUGUACUGCAAUACAAGAAUGCAUGAUUUCUACUAUCGGAGAUAUCAAAACCAAAUUCAAUAUGAAACCCAAUGCAGGAAUAAUGACUGCAACUGUGUAGGUAAUAAGGACACCUGUACAUGCUACAGUAGCACUUUAUCUUCCUGCUUUUGUGAGACAUACAACAAUAACAUCACUGUCCCUACAGCAGUAAGUCCACUGAGAGUCCCUCAGUGUGAGCUUUAUAACGACACAUUCAUCUGCACUGGUGCUCAGUAUCGCAUGUACUGCAAUACAAGUCUACAUGAUUUCUUCUAUCGGAGAUAUCAGUAUCAAAACCAAGACCAAUACCAGUGCAUGAAUAAUAACUGUAACUGCGUUGGUAAUAAGGACACCUGUACAUGUUCCAGUAGCACUUUGUCCUCCUGCUUCUGUGAGACUUACGGCAAUAGCAUUGCUCUCACUAGAGAAGUUAGUCCAGCUUAUGGCUGUGUUCUUUAUAAUGACACAUUCAUCUGCACUGGUGCUCAGUACCGCAUGUUCUGCAACAAAACAAUGCAUAAUUUCUACUAUCGGAGAUAUCAGAAUCAAAUCCAAUAUGAAACCCAAUGCUGGAAUAAUAACUGCAACUGUGUAGGUAAUAAGGACACCUGUACAUGCUCUAGAAGCACUUUAUCUUCCUGCUUUUGUGAGACAUACGGCAAUAACAUCACUGUCCCUACAGCAGUAAGUCCACUGAGAGUCCCUCAGUGUGAGCUUUAUAACGACACAUUCAUCUGCACUGGUGCUCAGUACCGCAUGUACUGCAACACGAGAAUGCAUGAUUUCUACUAUCGGAGAUAUCAAAACCAAAUCCAAUAUGAAACCCACUGCUGGAAUAAUAAUUGUAACUGCGUUGGUAAUAAGGACACCUGUACAUGCUACAGUAGCACUUUGUCCUCCUGCUUCUGUGAGACUUACGGCAAUAUCAUUGCUCUCUUCACAGCAGUUACUCCAGUCUAUGACUGUGUGCUUUAUAACGACACCUCAUACAUCUGCACUGGUGCUCAGUACCGCAUGUACUGUGACACAAGUGUAAAUGAUUUCUAUUACAAUAGACAUGAGCACCGCUGUGCAAGCAAUACCUGUGACUGUCGUGGUAAUAAGGACACCUGUACAUGCUCUAGCAGUACUUCAUCCUCCUGCUUCUGUACAAAUUAUGGCAAUAGCAUCCCUGCAGCAGUAAGUCCAGUCUAUGCCUGUGGGCUUUAUAACGACACAUACAUCUGCACUGGUGCUCAGUACCGCAUGUACUGCAAUACAGCAAUGCAUAGUUUCAACUACCAGAGAUAUAGAAACAUAAACCAAUGCCAGUACAGAUGCGGGAGUAAUAACUGCGACUGCACCGGUAAUAAUGACACCUGUUCAUGCUCUAUUAGCACUUUGUCCUCCUGUUUCUGUGAGACUAACAUCUUCACCCUAACCACAAUCAGUCCAACUACUGCAGUUCCAAAUAUCACACUGCCGGAUGAAUGCAUGAGUCAGGUCACAGAAGGAUGUCUUCAAAAUGUUCUUGAUCAAAUUGAGAACAUUACAGCUCAAGUGCUCCCUGUGACUACUGUGAUGAGCAUUUUGAAUGUGGCCUUCAAUGCUUCAGAGAAGAUUUUAGAGUCAUCAUCAUCAUCAGCAAACCCAACAGAACUAGCCUCCUAUGGAAACCGCAUGUUAAAAACCAGUGAGAAACUAAUUUCUACAUUAGUGAAACCGACAGACACGAGUGACAAUGUCAGUAUUAUUCUUCCAACUGUCGAGGGUCAAGUCUUUAUGGUUGGACCAAAUGUCAUCUUAAAGAAAAUCCCUCGACUUGACACAACAAAUUCUUCUGUUGAGAUCGAUCUCAUUGGGAUUGCCAAGAAUAAUAAUGAAGGAUCAGCUGCUGUGGCUUUCAUGAGCUACAACAUGAUGGAGAAUCUGCUGAAGCCAGACUUCUUCAAUGCAUCAAAUGACACGAUUAAAACUAUGAUGUCCACUGUGAUCUCAGUUACUCUUCCCAAAACCACCAACACUAAACUCACCAAACCAGUCAACUUCACCCUCAGACACAUCAGAGAAUUUGAUCCCAAUGGUUCUCUGUUCUGUGUGUACUGGAAUAUCAGCGAGUGGAUUGUAGAUGGUUGUUCUGUUUUAAAGACCAACAGCAGCUACACUGUGUGUUCCUGUGAUCAUCUGUCGACAUUCGCUCUCAUCAUGCAAACCAGCCGCCCACCAGAGAGCGACUCACUACUGGAUCUGUUGAAUCUGUUGUGUGUGAUCGCGGGGCUGGUGUUCUUCAGUUUGGCCCUGUUGAGCUUUGUCCUUUGUCACUGGAGUCCUGGAGUGAAUAAUGUGGCUCGAAUCAACAUCUGCAUCAGUCUUCUGUUGGCUCACCUUCUGUUCCUGCUCACACAGCAGUUCCUGAGUGUCAUACGGCCUCAUCAGGUGUUGUGUGCCGUGAUCUCAAGCCUUCUGCACUUCCUCUUUCUCUCCGCGUUUGUGUGGAUGUUCAUUGAAGCUGUGAUGCUCUUCAUCUGUGUGAAGAACCUAUCACAGAUCAGCUCCAAAAAGAGGGAGGUGCUUAGCAGUGGAUUCCUGUGUGUGAUUGGAUAUCUGGUUGCUCUGGUUGUGGUGUGCGUGUCUAUUGGUCUGGUUCCUGAAGGAUACGGCAGUGAACAGUGCUGGAUUAAAAGAGAUAAAGGUUUUAUCUGGAGUUUCCUGGGUCCUGUUUGUGUCAUACUAGCAUUAAAUAUGAUUCUCUUCAUCAAGAUCGUCAUCACUCUGAGCUCAACUCUCAAAAAUCUCAAUGCUGAAGUUUCACAGAUGAAACAAACCAAGAUUAUGGUGUUUAAAGUACUGGCUCAGUUUGUGGUUCUUGGUUGUCCCUGGUUUCUGGGUUUCUUCACUAAUGGCAAUAAAAUGCUAGAGAUCCUUUUCCUGAUCUUGAACUCCCAGCAGGGAACCUUCAUCUUCCUGAUCUAUUGUGUCCUCAACAGUGAGGUCAGGCAGCAGUACAGGAAGUUCUUCAGAUGUCUUUGCUGUGGAUGCAAAAAACACUGAGGACUACAGCGUCAUGUUCAGGAAAUGUGCCAUUAUCAUUAGAUAUUACAUGACAGUCUUUGCUUUUAUCUAAAAAUGAUCAAUUAUUCAAGUCUUAUUUCAUAUCUGUCAUUCAUUUUGAUGUAAAUAUAUUAACCAAGUUUGCUUUUUUCAUGAUGGAUGGUUUGUCGCCUCUUUCUUUUAGACUGUGUGUGAUUUAUUGUACUUCAGACCCCUCAAGUGGUUUGUGUUUUUACUUUAAUUGCCUCUAUUUUCAUACAAGAAUAUUUAGUGUGAAAAUGGCAAAUGAUUUGUAAUUAUUUUGUUACUGAUAUUAAUUAGUAAAAAUUCUGUCAAUGUUUCCUUGUAAUU